AUGACGAUUCUGAGCUCUCUAAGUAAGCUUAUUUUGAACAAAAUGAAAACCAAAAAGUUCAUCUUAUUUACUUUAGCUAUGGUGGUCUUCUUAACGUCGAAUAGCUUGUGCCUAGAUACACUGAUGAAAUCCAGUCUGCAGAGAAGAGAAGAUGAUGCUAAUAAUUAUUAUGAGAUUAAAAAUAAUGCCUUGGAAGAAGAGCAAAGGAGUCUCAAUUUUGAAGAAAUGAAAGACUGGGGAUCAAAAAAUAUCAUUAAAAUGAACCCUCCUACAGUAAACAAGAUGCCAAAUUCAGUUGCUAAUUUACCUCUUAGAUUUGGAAGAAAUUAUCCAGAAGAAAGAAGCAUUAAACCAAUCGCUAAUUUGCCUCUGAGAUUUGGGAGAGCUUUUGAAGAGAACAUACCUGAGCAUGCUCCAAAACUAUCACCCAGACUUGGGAGAUCUCCAUUUUUUAGAAGUUCCAGUCAAUCACUUCUAAAUUCACCACAAAGAUCUGGAAAGUCACUCUCUGUCAAUCUGUCUCAAGAUGUUCAGGAAUCUGAACCAGGUAAAACUAUGCAAGUGUUCAAGCUAUGUAUUAAAAUGCAUGAAGUGAUAGGUUAA